CCAUUCAACUCACUUCUUUUUUUAUAUAUAUUUUCCAAUCCAAAAUAAAUGGAAGAAAUCAAUGGAAUUGAAGAAGAAAUCCAAAACCAGGCUACAGUCAAGGCUCUUUACAAAGCAAUGGCUUCCGGAGAUACCAAACUAGUCUCGGGAAUCUUAGCCACCGACCUUGAGUGGUGGUUCCACGGCCCUCAAAAUUGCCAUCACAUGAUGAGGAUGCUCACCGGAGAAGCUCCACACACGGAGUUCAACUUUGAACCCCGAAGUGUUACAACCAUCGAUGAUCAUACAGUGAUCGUUGAGGGUUACGAAGGUGCAAACGUGUAUUGGGUACAUGUUUGGGUUCUAAAAGAUGGGUUAAUAACCCGGUUCAGGGAGUAUUUCAAUACGUGGCUCACAGUUAAGGAGUUGAGGGUGAGGCCGGUAGGUUGGCCACUUGGCUGGGCAGGGAAGGAGAACCGGUCCACUGUCUGGCGGAGCCAACCUCGAGAUCUUUUCCGGCGGUCGUUACCGGGGCUAAUGCUUGCCAUUUGACAGUGGUUUAAAGUGGCCAACAAUUGUGUUUAUAUCAGAAUUAUCUACGAUUGUUGUGACAUGAAAAUAUUUGCCAGAACUCAACUUCAAUUGUAUUAAAUUUUGGAUCUAUAUUGUGUAUCAUGAAAAAUGCGUUUGGAUUUAUAUUCCAGAAAUGUAUUAUUAGCCUUUUAUAAUACUAUGUUUCUACA